AUGUCUUCACCCCCACCAACUAAACCUCCUCGAGGUGUAAAACAAGGGAAGGAGACGAGUGGUCUUCUUAUGUCAGUUAUCCGGACCUUAUCUGCAAGUGAAACAAACGAGCAACGAGAAAAAGAAAGAGCCAAAUUAGAAAAGGAAUAUAAGAAAAGUGAUGCUAAACUUGACGAGCUGGUUGCGAUUCAUGCACAGGAAAUUACUGAUGUCAUGCAAAAAUUCAGUGCAGUCGGCUCAGCUCUUAGUGCUUGGGGUCAGCACUGUUCUGCAGCUGAAGCCAGAUUAGGAGCUUGCAGGGCACUGUUAAGAGUGAGAAGAGAUGAUCUUCGUCGAUUGUGGGCAGAUGCUAGAACCCAUCAUCAUGCUCUAAGGAUGUUAACUGAUAUUGAACGAGUAGUAGUGUCUGAGCGUGAGGCACGGGAGCUUACAUCUUCAGGUAGGGUCCUGGGUGCGGCUCAUGCUUUGCAAGCUGCACUACUCACGGCACAAACCGAGCUGCCUCAUGUGCAUGCACUGUCUGCAACCACUGCACAUCUACUGGUGAAGAAGAAAGAACUAGUGGAUAUAAUCGUGCGUAGGAUCAGCGAAGCAGUGUAUAAAGAUGAGCGAGCUCCUCUCAGUAGGCGGGUAUCAGCUCGGCGACGCACUGCCUUGCUACUUGCAGAACUAACAAAGAGCGAAGAAGUGACGGACGCGUACCUCCAAGAUAUAACACCCGAGUUUGAGGCGUCUCUGACCGAAGAGGACAAGACCUUCGAAACCACGGUCAUGAUAUCGUUGGAAGCUCUCGGUGUUCUGGAACAACUGAAAGAGGCUACUGAGAAAUUCAAAGUCCAAAUACAAAACGAACUACUCGAAGUGAUAGAUUCAGUGUCCAGUCGCAUAAUUGACGACGUGGACAUAGAAGAAGACGGAGAGGAAGAUGCAGAGGUUCCGGAGACGGACCCUGAGUGUGCGGUGGAGUCCGGCAGGCCCCUGGCGCGGCUGGUCAACUGCUUGGCCGAGGAGUUCAAGGCUUGUGGCAUGAGGAAUAAGAGACUGCUGCAGCUGUGGCGCGCGGCGCUGCAGCGGCACCGCCUGCCGGAGCAGGGCCUGCACACCGAGCAGCACUACUGGAGCGCGGUGCAGCAGGUGAUGCAGCUGCUGCUGACGGAGUACCUGGAGAUCGAGAGCGUGAGCCUGUCGGCGCGGCGCGCGCCGCCGCCGCCCGACCUGCGCCUCGCCGACUACUUCGCCAAGCGCCGCCCCGCGAGGCGACGCGACAAGCUGUUUAAACUCACUGCGUCGGCGCCGGUGCCGGCGGCGGGCGCUGCGGAGGGCGCCGGCCGCCGCCAGCGCUACCCGCUGGUGUGCCGGCCGCAUCCCGCGCUGCUGCACGCCGCGCUGCCCGCGCUGCACGCGCUCUGCGCGCAUCUGGAGAGGCCGGGCGGCGGCGAGUGCUCGCUGCGCGCGUUCGUGUCGGACUACGUGCGCUGGGGCGAGAGCGAGCGGCUGGCGAGCGCGGCGCGCGCGCGCGUGCUGGCCGCCGUGCGCGCGCCCGCCGCCUGGCGCGAGCGCGCGCUGCCGCCGCCGCACACUGUGGGCGAUCGUCCGGUGUUCGCGUGCUGCGCCGAGGCGUGGGAGGCGGCGCGCGCGGCGGCGAGCGCGGCGCGGCGCUGCGGCGCGUGCGGGGGCGCGGCGGCGCUGCGCGCGGCGGCGGCGGCGCUGGCGGCGGCGGCGGCCGCGGCGGGCGCGGCGCACGCGCGCCUGGCGCCGCCGUCCCGCGCGCGCCGCUGGCUGGCCGACGACGACAUCGUGCGCUUCCUGCAGUCGCUGCCCAACUACCGCGCCGCCGUCGACCGGCAACCCUUCACGGCACAGGAACUAAAACAAGCGUACGAGCGUGAGGCAGAGACCCUAGGCACUAGUCUAGGGGACGGUGAAGUUUCGAAGCGGGAAAUCGUUGCUGACAUAAACACUCUUGUGGACUUGGCUUUGAUGUGCGAGAGUAUGUCGUGGCUGAGCGCGAACACCAAGACGCUGCCCGCCAUGUUGGGCGGCGCGCUGAAGCCGCCCGAGAAGUUCCACGCUGACAUCUCUGCGGCCGCCGCCAUCUUUGAUGAGAUAGCUAAUAAGUGUCUGCUCUUCUUGCAUUUGGAGGUGCGCAUCGAGUGCUUCCACUACCUGGGGCAGGAAGAGCGCGGCUCGGAGGGCGAGGGCGGCGCGGGCGGCGAGGGCGGCGCCGCGCGCCUGGCGCGCCGCCUGCUGGCGCUGCACGAGCGCGCCGCGCCGCUGCUGGCGCCCGCCGCGCUCGCGUAUAUAAUGGGCGGCAUCGGCGAGAUGAUGUCGUCAGCGGUCGUGUGGCGCUGGCAGAGCGACGCGGGGGCCCCGGGGAGCGCGGGCGCUGGGGCCCCGGGGGCCGCGGAGGCGGCGCGGCUGGCGGCGCUGCGGCACUGCCUGGCCGCGCUGGCGCUGCCGCAUGACGGGCUGCACGCCGCGCACGCGUAUCUGCACCUGCUCGCGUGCACGCCCGAGGAGAUCAUAGAGUCGGUGAGGGAGAAGGGGCCGCAGUUCUCCGAGCUGGAGUACUUGAACGCGUUCAAAGUGAUCGCAGCACGUCGAGGUCUCACCCCCGCCGCGUUGCGCGCGCAACUGACGCAGCUGUCCGCCGCGCUCGGUCACGUGGGCGUCACUGUG